AUGAGUAAAAGUUUUGAAAAUCUAAUCAAUGUGUAGCCCAAAAAAAUAGUUACUCUUGAUGAAAUUACAUAAUAAGAAAUGCUAGGUAAAGGAUAGUUUGGAGUUGUUUAUAGGAUUCAAUAUUAAGGUGAGACUUAUGCAAUGAAAUAAAUUGUGAAGUAAACAUUAAUUAGACAUGGCAAAAUAAAUUCAGCAAAUUUAGAAUUAAAGAUUAUGUAUCAAUUGGAUCAUGCAAACAUUAUGAAACUUAUCACUCAUUUUGAAGAUGAGAAUAAUGUCUAUUUAAUUUUAGAAUACAUUGAUGGAUCUAAUUUAUAUGAUAUUUUAAAAAGGGAUACUCGUCUUUAGGAAACUUAUGCCAUACAUUAUUAUAGAUAAAUAGUUUCUACACUUAUUUAUUUGCAUUCUAGGCCAACACCAAUUUUACAUAGAGAUAUUAAACCUGAAAACAUUUUAAUAACAUAAAAUAAUGCAAUAAAAUUAGCAGAUUUUGGUUCUGCUAAUUCAUUAGCCAAAGAUGAAUUGAGAUUUACAUUUGAAGGAACAUAUCUAUUUAUGGCACCUGAAAUAUAUAUGAAUAAAGGUUAUACUCAAUGUGUAGAUAUUUGGAGUCUAGGUGUUUUAUUAUUUGAAAUUUUGGCUGGACAUUCUCCUUUUUUAAAUAAAGAAGAAGAAACUUCCUUAAUGACUCAUGAAAAAUAGAGUGUUAUUAGAGAGAAUGUUUUAAAUGUUCGAAUACGAUUUCCAGAUACUUUUCCACCAUUAGCUAGAGAUUUGGUUAGAAAAAUUCUUAGAUUAGAACCAUAAGAUAGAUUAAGACUAGAAGAAGUACUUAAACAUCCAUGGCUUUAAAAUGCUGAAGUUCUUGAAUAAUUACCAAUUGUUAGUAAAUAUUAAUUAGAGGAUAAAAUCUCUAAAUAAAUAAAUAAUUUUUAAGAAUAUAGAAAAAAUAUUGAUCAUCAUUUAUUAAGAAUAAGUGAACUUAAAAAAUAAAUUAAUGAUACAUAAAUUUAAAUUAUGUAAGGAGAAUUAGAAAAAUAAUAAUUAAGUUAAAAAUUAAAAGAAUUAUAAGAAGUUAAUGAUGACUAAACACAAUCUCCUAAUCUAGUAAGUCCCUAGAAGAUUGUUAAAAUUGAAGAAAAAUAUAAUAGUUUGAAGAAAGAAAUAAAUUAAUUAUAAAAAGAUAUCAUCUAGAAUGAAAUAUUUAUUCAUAAAAAUGAGAUGCAAUAAUCGAAACUUUAACAUUAUAAAACUAAAAUAGAUAAAUAAAAAGAGAUUAUUGAAAAAUUAGAAAGGGAAUUAAUUUAAUUAGAUUAAAAAAAGAAAUAAGAGUAAAUAAAUUAAGAUAAAGAAUUACAAGAAUUCACUAAAUUAAAUAAUAAUCGAAAUAUUGAAUAAUCAACCCAAAAUAAUUCUUAGUAUACAUCCUUAUUAAGAGAAACUAUUGAAAGAUUUAAGGAAUUUAUGAAUUUUUAUCGUAAUAUCAAGUAAGAGUCUGAAACAGAUUUUGAAGCAUAAGAAGAUUAAUAAUGGAAGAAAGAAUAUUAUGCAAUAAAAAAAUCUUUAUAAGAAGAGUUUUAAUAGGAAUAAAAUUUAUUAAAGAAAUUAGAAAAUGAAAAUCAAUAACUUAAAAUUAAACUAGGAUAAAUUGAAGCAUAAGAACAAUAGGUUUAAAAGGCAGAACAAAUUGUUUAUAAUUUAAAAUAUGGAUGUGAUUUAAAAUAAGAUAGAAUUGAAGAAUUAAAAAAAUAAAAAGCAGAGUAUGUGACUAAGAUAGAAGAUUGCAAUAGAUUUAUUUAAUAUAAUAAAAGUUCAUUAUGA